AUGACACCACCCCCAAUCGACCGCCAAACCACAACCCCCUUCCACCUCAAGCUCUUUUACCGACUCAACAACUACCACCAUCUCUCUGACUUCUCCUCAUCAGCCCCCUCCUCAUCCUACAGCGGCCCCACGAGCGGCCCCAACGCCAUCCGCACGCGCAGUCCCCCACCACCACAACAACUCCCUCCCCACCUCCAAAUCUACACUUGGCAAUCAUGCACUCUCCGCGAACUCUCCCACCUCCUGACCUCCGCGCUACCUAGUCUGCUUCCUGACCCGCCUGUGGGAACGCGCCUCUGCUUCCGCCUCAUAUACCCGGACACCAAAGGCGCCGCGACAAUGGGGCCCGACGCGCGGGGGAGGUAUCUCGCGAAGGAUUUGGGGAGUGUGAUUAUCGGACCGAGGGAGAGUGCGAUUGCGAAUGGUGGAGAUGAGGAUGAGAAUGCGAAUGGGGAGGAAGGAGGGCAGAGGAAGGGCAGUGGUGCUGGAGUAGGAGGGAGGUUGAGGAUUCAAGGCAAUGAUGCGGAUAAGACGUUGCAGGAGGCACGGUUUGUUAUUGGAGAUUAUGUCGAUUGUGCGGUACUGCCGCCGCUUGAGGAUGGGUCUGUGGCGCCGCCGGUUAAUCCCGGUCGGGGGAUGGCGAUGGGUGGGGGGAUGAGGGCGUUCCCUGGGGAUGCUGGUAGGGGGGAGAGGUAUCGUGGAGGAGGUGGCGGUGGUGGGAUGAGAGGAGGGAGGAUUCCACCGGGGGAUUGGAGACGGGGGGAGAGAGUUCCGGAGGAGAGGGGUGGUGGUGGUGGUGGAGGGAGAGGAGGGAGAAGGGGGUGGGCGCCGUACUAA